GCCUGCUGCUUCAGGAAUAAACUCUGCUCUGAUUUCCUGACAGACGACGCUGAGGAGAAACAGCCCGUGCAGAAAUGUCUCGGCCGUCUGUCCUGCUGCCUCUCACAGGCCUUUUCUUCUUGAUCUCCUCAGCGUUUGGCUCCGAGUCGGGCGUGCCGUACCCGGUGACCUGUGCGACACGCGGAGCUGACCUGGUGGAGGACGGCGUGGUGGUUUUGUGUCCUCCAGACUGCACCCAGUGGAAGGUGUCUGUGUUCGGGACGGGGAUCUACGCCUCUGUGUCCUCCGUCUGUGGAGCUGCUGUCCACAGGGGGGUGCUCGGUCCAUCCGGUGGCCCCGUCAGGGUUAAAAAACUACGUGGACGACACAGCUACAUGAGCUCAUACGCCCACGGCAUCCAAUCACAGGCCCUCUCCCACUGGACCGCCUCCUUCAGCCUCACCAAGCCUGUUAACGUCCCACUGGAGCUGACCAGUGAAACCAGUACCACAGCUCUGCCUGCAGCCGCACAGCCGCCAGCAAAGAAACCACUGAAGAAGCCAUCAGUGAAGAAAGCUCUGACAGGUGGAAAUAAAGACUGUCAGAUGGACAUCGCCAUAGUGAUCGACAGUAGUAACAACAUCGGGCAACGGAGGUUCAACCUGCAGAAAAACUUUGUUACCAAACUGGCCGCCAUGUUGAGAGUGGGAUCAACAGGACCUCAUAUAGGAUUGGUCCAGGCCAGCGGUUCUCCCAGGACGGAGUUCUUACUGACCAACUACACUCAGCCCAAAGAGCUGCUGUUUGCCAUCAAGGAGCUGGCCUACCUGGGAGGAGACACCAACACAGGUAAGGCCAUAAUGCACACGGCGGAGACCUUCUUCACCCAGGAGAACGGGGGGAGGCGGGGUCACCCCCGUGUGAUGAUGGUGCUGGUUGACGGCUGGCCGUCUGACGACCUGGAGCAGGCGGCCAUGUUGGCCAGAGAGUCUGGCAUCAACGUCUUUUUGGUGUCCGUGGCCAAACCGGCACCCGAGGAACUCUCCAUGGUGCGAGACAAGGACUUUAUGAAGAAGGCGGUGUGUAAAGAUAACGGCUUCUUCAGUUAUCUGAUCCCCAGCUGGUUCAGCACCACCAAACAUGUCAAACCUCUUACCCAGAGGCUCUGCUCGCUGGACGGCCUGCUCUGCAGUAAAACGUGUUACAACUCGGUGAACAUCGGGUUCCUCAUUGAUGGUUCUUCCAGUGUCGGAGAAGGAAACUUCCAGCUGGUCCUGGACUUUGUGGCUGGAAUCGCCAGGAGCUUUGACAUCUCAGACGUAGGCGCUCGUAUCGGUGCGGUGCAGUUCACCUACGAUCAGAGGCUGGAGUUCGGCCUGUUUGAUCACUCCAACAAAGACGAUGCCAUAAACGCCUUGAGGAGGAUCCCCUACAUGAGCGGAGGAACAUCCACCGGAGCCGCCAUCAGCUACACCACCCAGAACCUGUUCAGGCGGACGGGACCAGGUCGCAACUUCCUGAUCGUGGUGACAGACGGCCAAUCAUACGACGACGUCAGAGACCCCGCGACGGUUGCACAGAAACAAGGUGUUACCAUGUACUCUGUGGGCGUGGCCUGGGCACCCCUGGAUGACCUCAGAGCAAUGUCAUCAGAGCCGAAGGACAGCCACACCUUUUUCACCAGAGAGUUCACCGGUCUCGCUGAGUUCAUCCCUCCGCUGGUCCGAGGCAUCUGCCGAGACUUCACAGAGAACAACUAAGAGCAUACGUGCACGCACGCACGCACACACACACACACACACACACACACACACGCACAUGCAUAUUCUUUUACUUCUAUUUGUAUGCAGACCCUCAUUGACAUAAUUUAUUUCUUAGCCCCAUCCCCUAACCUUACCCAUCACAGCUAAAUGCUUAACCCCAACCCCUUAUCUAAACCUGUGAACCCUCAAACAGGCCUUUGAAGAAGUGAGAACCAGCCAAAAAGUCCUCCCUUUGUAAAUACGUCCUCACUCCUGCUAUGGUCCUCACUAUGCAGGUACAAGUAAAAGCCGUCUCACACACACACACACACACACACACACACCCACCCAAAUGUUUGUACUUUUCUACUAUUGAUGACGACCUUAACUCAAACCUGAUCCUUCAACAAAAUUCAAACUCUCAAAACAACUUGACAAAGAGAAUCUGACAAAAUGUCCUUACUUUGCCAAAUGUCCUCACUUUGACGGGAAGUGAAAAUAGGUCCUCACACACUUGUGAGGACCAUCAUGACAUACUCACUGCUGAGGCCUUAAACUUUAAACCAAAGUUUAACCCUCAAACAACCAUUUUAAAAGGUGAAAAUGAGACAAAAUAUCCUCAGUUUUCAAAAUGUACUUGCUUUGCAGGUAGAAUGUAAGGUCCUCACAAAGAUAGAAGUACACAUUUGCACUUUUAUAGCCUGCUUAUUAGGACAUACUUUGCUGAGACCCUUUUCAAACUCAAACAGCUAUUUUAUUUACUCAAACUGUCCCCACUUUGGAGGCAAUCUCUUUGGAGACUAUCAGGUCCUCACACAGAUAUAAGGACACAUUUUCACUACUGUCUGUGUGGGGACCCUCAUUUACAUAAUUUAUAAAACCUCUAAACCUUAAGCCAAGUCUUAACCCUCUAACAGCCCUUUUAGGAGGUGAACCUGGGACAAAAUGUCCUCAGUUUUUAAAAUGUCCUCACUCACAGAUUUCGCACACACACUGUAUAUAUACUGUACACACAUACCAACCCAUACUGAUACAUAAACAUGUAUAUAAAAGACACACACAAUAUACAGUUACACAAUACACAAAAAAAUCUAUUUAACGAAGCAGAUGGGAAAUCAGCAAACAACCAAUAAUAAUAAUCAUCAACAGUAGAAACCAAAAUCAUUCACUUUUCACUAAACAGUCCAGUGUGUUUCAUUCUGUCAGCACAUGUAUUACACUAAUUUAAAGUACAACAGAAUAACUAGUAGAUAUAGAAAGUAAAUAUUGUAAACAAAUUGUGAAAACAUUGGUAACAUCAUAUUAGCCAGCUUAAUUGAUUACAUAAAUUAUAACUCGGCUAACUUUAAAAGAAACCAUAAUCAGCUCAAACGUGUUCUUUUAUUGCAGGGUUCGUUUAAAACUAAGAAAGCUAAUUUAUUCAAGACUAAACUAAUACUAAAUAUGAAAUUAAAAAAAAAAAAAGCCCUGCUCAAUCAAACUAAAUAAUGCAUAUUAAAGAUAAUGCAACCGGAAAGCCCAUCUUGUAAUUAUGACUCUUGUGUCUCUUAAUCACACAAUAAUCUUCUCAUAAAUAUGUAAUAAUCUUCUCAAAAUUAACAGAAAACCAUAUCAUUAAAAUUAAAAAACACAAACUUGUCAUUAUGAAGUUCUUAUUCUGUUUCUUGUAAUUACAAA